AUGAAUUCCUUUUUCUGUGAAGACACAAAGGAGGAAGAACAACUUCUCCAGAAAAUAUUACAAGUUAAACAAGAUAAUUUACCCGACAUCAUUCAAGAAAUAAUAACGAAGAAAUGUUUAUCCAAAAAUAUAUCAAAGAAUGAACCUGAAAAUGUCAAAUUGGAGAUUGGUGAAAAGAAUGACUCUGUCUUGAAGAAUCAUAAGUGUAACACAAAAGAAGUGGUGCAAAGGGAUGAAGAAGUGAAUUUGGAUGGUGCUAAUUGUACGAAUGAUGUAGAUGGCAAAGAUGAUGCUUGGCGUGUGAAUGAGGAACUGCUAAAAACCGAAUUGAAUACCAACAUAUUUACAUUCCAUGUUAAAAAAAAUGGAAUUAUAAAUGCAGAUACAUUUUUUUUACCAUACAAAAGUGAAGACGAUAAGGAUAUAAUAACAAUGUAUACAUAUAAUUACAAUUAUUAUGAUGUAUAUACUGAAAAUAUCGAAGCAACGAAUAAACUAUUUCAUGCAAAUAAGAGGAGGUUACAUAAUGAAACACCAGAUAAUGAGGUCAUUCAUAAGAAGAUUAAGAUAAAGCAGGAAAAAGGAGAAGAACAAUCUGACUCAGAACCAGCACAUGAAUGGAUGGAUAAAUUCAAGGAAUCAGAGAUUAUCGAACCAAGUUUACAAAAGCAUGAGAAGACGACGAGACAAAAUGUUUGUACAAACAUCAAACAAGGACUUAUUUUAACAAAUUCAGGUCACGCUAAAGAGAAAACAAAUUUUCAAAAGUUUCUUUCUCAUUUUCGAGGUAGACUUUUCAUUGGAUGUAAUGUUAUUUAUUCAUUUUUUAAAAGUAAAACAUAUUUGGCUACUAUUCAAAACAGUGAAAUACAAGAAGGAGAUGAUGGGCAAAAUUGCCAUGAUGAUCCAAACUUUGUUAAUAAAAAAAUACAAACUUAUAACUUAAUUAAAAAUGCAAUAUAUUGGAAGCAGGACGAAUAUCCAGAUGUGUCUGAUUCGAACAUUCAAAAGUUUAUGUUCCUUUUGCUUAUUCCUGCCCUAUGUAAUAAUAAGGAAGAACACGAAAUAACCACUGACGUGAUAUUUUAG